AUGACAUACACGGCGGCAGAGAAGGCCAAAAUUAUCGAGCAGUUUCAGGAGGAGUGCCGCCAGAAUUUGCAGCAGAUCCGCCACGAGUCCGACAAGAUCUCGCGGGGUGCCGAGCAGAAGGUGCUCCGUAGGCUUAAUGGGGUCAGUGUAACGUUGUGGAACGUGAAGAUACGAGACGUGCUUAGGAUCGAGCGUAACAAGAAGCCGUCCAUAAAGAGUCUCUUGCAAGACGUGCGAGCCAUGAAGGAGGGUACGCUU